UGGGUGGUGCGAGCUGUGCCUGCUCCAGCCACCGAGCGAGCUGGGAGCAUGGGGCAGGUGGCUUGGAAGGCUUUAUUUCUGUCUCUUUUCGAUUAUAAAACGGAGAAAUACGUCAUUGCAAAGAACAAGAAGGUUGGGGUCCUCUACCGAGUGGUGCAGCUCUCCAUCCUGGCUUACCUGGUGGGGUGGGUGUUUGUGGUCAAGAAAGGCUACCAGGACACAGACACAUCCCUCCAGAGCUCUGUCAUCACCAAGCUGAAAGGGGUGGCCUUCACCAACACCUCAGAGCUGGGGGAGAGGCUGUGGGACGUUGCAGACUAUGUCAUCCCUCCCCAGGGUGAAAGCGUCUUCUUUGUCAUGACAAAUCUGAUUGUGACCCCAAACCAGAGACAAGCCAUGUGUCCUGAGGUAGGAAGAACUGAGUCCCUUGACCCCCAGACCCCUGCAAAACCGGGGAGUGCCAGCAUUCCCGAUGCCCUGUGUGACAAGGACACGGACUGCUUGGAAGGGGAAGCAGUGGUGGCCGGCAAUGGGGUUAAGACUGGCCGUUGUUUGAAAGACAGGGGCAGCACCAGAGGGACUUGUGAGAUACUGGCCUGGUGCCCAGUGGAGAAAAGAUACAAGCCCAAGAAACCACUGCUGGGCAGCGCAGAAAACUUCACUGUUUACAUCAAGAACUCCAUUCGCUUCCCCAAGUUUAAGUUCUCCAAGAUGAAUGUGCUGGCAACUGACAACGAGUCCUACCUGAAGACCUGUCGGUACAGCCAGGAGCAUCCCUACUGCCCCAUCUUCGUGCUGGGGAACAUCGUCCGCUGGGCUGGGGGCAACUUCCAGGAAAUGGCCUUGGAGGGUGGUGUGAUAGGAAUUCAGAUUGAAUGGAACUGUGAUCUUGAUAAAGCCCCUUCUGAAUGUAAUCCUCACUAUUCUUUUAGCCGACUGGAUAACAAGUCUGCAGAAACAUCCAUCUCUUCUGGGUACAACUUCAGGUUUGCCAAGUAUUACCGGGAUGCUGAGGGGGUCGACUACCGGACGCUCAUUAAAGCGUAUGGAAUCCGCUUCGAUGUGAUGGUGAAUGGCAAGGCAGGGAAAUUUAACAUCAUUCCCACCAUUAUCAAUAUCAGCUCGGGGCUGGCACUCAUGGGAGCUGGUGCUUUCUUUUGUGACCUGGUGCUGCUGUAUUUGAUCAAGAAGAGUAACUUUUAUCGAGGCAAAAAGUAUGAGGAAGUCAAGUCCAGCUCCAGGAAGUCCUUGUCGAGCCCUACGCUGAACGGCAAUCAGAGCCCGGACCAGCUCGGUGGGCUCUAGGCACCGCGAGGCUCUGCCAGCUGGACUCGUGCUCCAGGAAAUCCACACAGGUGUGGCAUCACACCAGCACUGGGAGGUGGACAUAGCCCAGGUCAGCCCUACUAUCAUCAAGAUUCCCAGAGGAAAAAACCUCCUCUGAAGACUGCCUUUCCUCCCUGAGAUUUCUCUGGUAUCCUGAGCUCGCAACAGUGUGUUGUCACUAUGGAUUUAUAAAAGGAUUUUUUAUAAAAGGACAAAGGCACCAAAUGAAUGUUUUUAUACCCACUGAUAGAUACAUCUGUACUUAUGCCAAUAGCCAGUAUUGUCUUGUGCCUGUGCUUUACUUUGGGAAGGGCUGAAGCUGAAAUCCAACCUGUUUCCUGCUCUGUUGCCUUGGCAGCUACUGCCUCCAGCUCCUGCCUGGGUGAUGUGACAUCAGGUGUGAAGCAGCAGGACUGCUCUGCUCAGGAAGUGCAGGGAAAUGUGGCACUGGAGCAGCUCUUGGAGCUGGGGAAGGGGCUGUGAUCCUGCAGGGCCUGAGGCAGGGGAACACAGUCACUCUUAUGGGGGUUAAUGCACUGAGAAGCAACGUGGCCCUGGAAGCACCUGCACGGGUUCUGCCUCCUUGCUUCAGUGCCUGGUUUCAUUUGCUCAGGAUUGUCCUUCCUGCAUCUCUUCCUGAUUUGGUGGGCAGAUCUGGAUGGGGACUCAGUGCUUCUGUUUCUCACAGCACCCUGGGCUGUGCUGCAGACUGAAGGGGGCAGCUCUGCCAGGGACACAGGCUGUGCCAGCUUCCUCUGAAUACACCAACACCAGGGAGAGUCAGAAGACAUCUGCCUGCUACUUCAACAGCAGUAACCUCCAGGAAAUACAAGUGCUUGUCUCUCAGCAGAAUCAGUCUCCCUGCAGCCCAUUUGGUCCAUUUAUGCUCAUGUGGGGAUGUAACUAAUCUCAGAAAAGGGCUUAAGGAAUAUCAUUGUGUUCUGUAAGUGAUGUCCCAUUACCACUGACUGGGAGUUGUCCUGAUGAAGAUUAAAUGUUUCCGUGCACCCUUUCAAUACCAAAAGUUAAAGGGCUCCUGCUGCAGCAUCUGAGGGUGGCAUCAGGGAGCUGCUGCCAUGGAACGCACAAAUGGCACCAGCAGCUGCACCCACUUCUGCUUUAACUUCUUUAAGGUUGUUACUCUGAGGUACAGGUUCAUCCUAAAUUAAAAUGCACCUCUGUUAGCAGUGGCAAACUCUGAACCCAGUCACUGGCAGCAAACCCCACCCAGUCUAGUUCCCCCCCUCUGCUUCUGUGUUUUGAGCCAAAAAUGGGGCUAGAAAAUAGAAUUAAAGCAGUGGAGUUCAUUUAGGAUAAACCAUGUAUCUCUGGUGCUCUAUCUCAUCCAAAACCUUCUCUCCACGUCACAAGUUUUUCCUCAAGGCAAACACAAGUCACUACAUGGGGAAGUGCACAAGAGUUAGCACCACAGCAGCCCAGGCUUUUGACUGUCAGGGUUUAAUUGGAGUUGAGUAAUUUCUAGAUGGUGAAACACAUGGUGCACCCCCUGCAUGACAUCAGGACCUGGCAGAACUCCUGGUCACCAAGCAGCUCCUCCUAACGUGCAAAGCUGACUGUGCUCUGCUGAAACCAUUGUUUUACCUUGCCAAAACAUCCUCUUGUGAGGACCAAAGCUAUUUCCUGAAUCUAAAUCUUCAGGCCUCCCAGAUCCCCUAGAAUGUUUCCUUUCUUUAGACUGUAAUGCAACUCCUACAACCCCUGCUGUUAAUAAAACAUAACCAGAUUCCUUCUCAGGAGUUUCUUGACUUUGACUUUUUUUUUUUUUUGCUCCAUGUGUUUCAUGUUCAGCAAUAAAAUGUGUCACUUCAGGCCAAUGCUCCCUGAGAGUGCUCUGUG